CACGUCGCCAAGGGUCAUUGGUUAUUCGCCAGCCUGUGUACCAUUUUGUGAAGGAACACCAACCUGUUGAGGAAUCCUGUCAGCUCACUUGAACCACGGUAACCAAGGUAAAAUGCCCAGGUGGUCUAAGUACUGGCUUGUCGUGUUCGUGGCUUCGUUUGUGUCGUCGCGUGUGUCUACCUGUCCUGUGGGCUGCACUUGUACUGAAUAUCUGGUAGACUUGAAUGUCGCCUGCAGCGGGAAUGGCUCAACAUCCCUUCGCAAUAAACUGCCGCCGGAUACAACCUUCCUCACACUGACGGGAUACAGACUACCUGUUCUGAAUCUGAAUGUGUUAGGUGGCCUCAAGAAGCUGAGAGGACUUAAACUUCCGUCUAACGAAAUCACCCAGAUAGAAGGAACACUAGAGGUGUUUCCACGUCUAUACGAACUCGAUCUGAGCAGGAACAAGUUUACGAGCGUCUCUCCGCGAACGUUCGGUAACGCCACGACACGUCUCGGGUACGUGGACCUAAGUGAGAACCCUUUCGACUGCGACUCUGAGUGUGGCGGGAUUCAGUUGAACAGUCUGUGUGACUGUUCUGUCAACACGUUUAACUGUACCUGUAACAUCCUGUGGCUGAAACAACAAGUGAAACACUGGGGUCCCAGUGUCUGGAUGGGAGUUCGCUGUCAAGUCCCGAAAGAUAAGGAUAUACGAACUGUAGAUAUUCGAGACUAUUGGUGCAAAAGGAAAUUGUGUUGGAUAUCAGGCAUUCCUAUAAUCAGCUUAGCCGUAAUCUUGAUAAUUGCAGCCAUCGUAUACAUAUGUAAGAAAAGGAACAGGUACACCCUUCUGGGCACAGACCCAGUUACGAAACAGUUAAUCAAAUUGUCUGGGAAGCUUGGAAUGGAAUGGGAGAGUUUGGCAACUCACCUAGGUUUCACAAGGGCUGAAGUAGAUGAGUUUAUCAGAAAUAACGACAGAAACAUGAGGGGACAAAUACGUGCCAUGCUCCUCUCUUGGAGGAACAAAAAUGGCGAACAGGCUACUCUUGCUACAUUAGUGGAACUACUGAAGAGUUAUGAGCCUCCCCUUGAUACAGAAAUAUAUCAAUUUCUAGAAGUAUCAUCUCCAAUCAACUAA